AUGAGAGGUCUGAAUGAUUGGCUUGAAAGGGACGUGCAGGACCGUCAAGCAGAAUUACGAGGGGUGACCGCUCGUGUUGAUGAGCUCAGAAAUGAUCUUGCACGACUAGAAUUAGGGAUGCAGCCCAGCGUGCAACUACCAGGUGUGCCCCCAGGUCAUGGAGUGAUCCCUGUUGGACCUAUCCCCCCUCCACCUGUUUUUGGUCCCAGACCUGCUGGAUUUGUUCCUCAGGGGGUCCCAGAGCCUCCCUUCAUUCCCACCUAUGAUGAACCCCGAUGCCAGCGUGGGCUGCUGGACACGCCAGAACCUCAACAUUACCUUCCAGAUGCGCAAGGACCAGUAAUUCCCGGUGCUUACGGUGGUUUUCCCCAACCACAACAUGGCGAUCAGCACGAGCGUCGCCCUGGCGCUGAAGAUGAAAGAUUUUUUCCCACGAGUCCUCCCCAGUCUAGCGAUACUGGGCUCCUCAGGCCAUUCGUGCCAGAACAUCCAUCCAUAGUUCAACAGAGUGAUGUUGAAGGUCGGAGUGAUGCUAUUUCGGAUACCCAACACACCUAUGCGCCCGACGUACACCACGUACCACACCCACCGGAGGAUCAAAUGUUGGCACCAGGUCAUCAACAAGAUACCCCUGCCGUGAUACAUUCCGGGGAGCACACACACAGCCAUGGAAGCCCUCAGCCUCAGCCUAUCAAUUUCAAUGUGCCUCCGCAACUGGCUCCCGUAUGUUCCCUAAGGCUAGGCAUGUCAGAUCAGCCUGGGCCAAUGCCUGCAUAUGGAGUCGGUUGGAUACCACCGCCAUCCCUAUUUGUAGAGCCUGGUUCCGGACCUCCCCUGAUAAUACACCCAGCGCCUAGAUGCGGGUCUAGAUCUAGUUCCGAGAGUGUUUCUGGGAGACGCCCAGUGGUCAUACAACAAAGCCCUCCGUCUGGCCCUGUCGUAUUACAAUUGCCGCCUGGCGAACAGGUCGCCAGACCUCCCACUCACCAAGAAUUUGGUGUUUCUCCUUCGGGAGGCGGUCCAGUAGUGAUUUUACCUGAUCCUGAUAGCGUUAGAGACUUUGAUUGUUCACUAUCUCGCUCUCGGUCACCUCGUAGAGGGUACCGUGAUAGAUAUCCUCCAUACGACGAUCCUUACUCUCCUGAUUAUGAUCACCCAAGACAUUGGGAUGACCGUCGACGCCGAGAUUACUCACCUGAAUAUGGCCCCCGUCGCCGUUAUGACGACUACUCUCCCCGACGGGGAGGGCCGCGUGAUUAUCACUCGCGAUUACUUUCACCACGACGACGAGGCGAAAGACAUAGAGAUGAUGACCCCCGCCGCCCCCGUAGACACCCCGAUUCACCCUCUCCCACACGUGCGGAAGAAAGAGACCCAAGCAGGAGAGAGGGUCGCUCAUCGAGUCACAGAGCUCCCACACGUUCGGAAGGAAGAGGUCCAAGCAGGGGAGGCUCACCGACUCACAGAACUUCCAGACGUCCCAGUUAUGAGGAAGGCGAUCGCCCAUCGAGUCACAGAACUCCCACACAUCUCAGUCACGAAGAAGGCGAUCGCCCACCGACUCACAGAACUCCUUCACGUUCCGAUUAUGAAGAAGGUGAUGGCCCACGGACUCGAACUCCUUCACGCCCCGGUUAUGAAGAAUGUGAUGGCCCACGGACUCGAACUCCUUCAUGCCCCGGUUAUGAAGAAGGUGAUCGCCCACGGACUCCCACUCGUCUCAGUCACGAAGGCGAUCACCCACCGACUCAGUAUUCAGAAGACGAUGUACCUGGUCCUAGCCGUCACACAUCUAGUCAUGGCCAACGUACACCUAGUCAUGGCUAUCGUACACCUAGUCAUGGCAUCCCUGCUUCUCCGCGGUUUGAGGAUCCUCCGCGGUCACCAACUGUCAUUAGGAUUGAGCAUCCAGAGCACAUGCACCCUGAAUCACUCACCGGCCGAUCCAUGAUCAUAGCUCCGCGAGAACGCGCAUUUUCACCAAGACGACAUCCUAGUGAUCUUCAUUCGCAACUGCGUGAUUCCCCCGAUGGAUAUAUUCCAACUAUACCUUCCUUACAUCCAGUGCCUUCUGUAAGGGACGGUGGUAGACGGCCACACUCUCGAGCACCUUCAGUAACGGAACAUGAUGAUGGACAACCACCACGCCAUCGAUUGCUCCCUGCAAGGGGUGACGAAGCUGACCCAGGUGGACGUCGCAGUGCUUCACGAUUUCCGGACGACGAAGCUGGCUCACGUCGCGCUGCUUUGCGAGUGACUCACCGAACUCCCAGAACUCCCACUCGAAUUUCAGAAGCGGAUGUAUCUAGUCAUGACCACCACACCCCUCGUCGCGGACGGUCAAGUGUUGAAAGGGACCCUGGUCGCACACAUCCCAGUCAUGACGAAGGCGAUCACCCACCGAUUCACAGAACUCCCACUCAAUAUUCAGAAGAGGAUGCAUCUGACCGUAGCCAUCGUACCCAUAGUCGCAGAUGUCCCAGUUAUGACGAAGGUGAUCACCCACCGACUACCGGAAUUCCCACUCGAUUUUCAGAAGCGCAUGAACCUAGUCAUGGCCAUCGCACACUUAGCCACAGACGGCAAAGUGACGAAGAAGACCCCCAGCGCGGACCUUCCAGCUAUGACGAAGGCGAUCGUUCACCGACUCACAGAACUUGCACUCAAAUUUCAGAAGCACAUGUACCUAGUCACGGCCAUCGCACACCUAGUCAUGGCCAUCGCACGCCUAUUCAUGGCUUCCCUGCUUCUCCGCGGUUUGAGGAUCCUCCACGGUCACCAACUGUCAUCAGGAUUGAACAUGAGCACGGGCAUUCUGAAUCACUCACCGGUCGACCAGUGAUCAUAGCUCCGGGCGAACAACGCCCAUUUUCACUAGAACGACGUUCUAGGAGCCCCACUAGUGAGCUUCGACAUCAACUGCGUCAUUCCCCUGAUGUAUACAUUCCAACAGUAUAUUUAACGCCUUCUGUAAGGGACGAUGAUGGACGGCUACGCCGUCGAACACCUUCAGUAACGGAACAUGACGAUGGAAGACCACGCCAUCAAUUCCCCCCUGCAAGGAAUGACGAAGCUGACCAAGAUGGACGUCGCGGUGCUUCACGAUUUCCGGACGACGAAGCUGGCCCAAGUCGCGCUGUUUCGCGAGCUCCGUAUGAUGAAGCUGAUCCCUACAGACAUCGCGCUGCUUCACAAAUUCCGGAUGACGAAGCUGACCCAGGACGUCGCGCUGCUUCGCAAAUUCCGGGUGACGAAGCUGACUCCUACGGAGGUCGCGCUGCUUCGCGGGUCCCAUCACGCACAGGAUCGCAAGCAGGACGUAUGCCAGCCACUAUUCAACGGGAUGAUGGCAGCCGCCAAGAGAGUGAGAUGAUUCACAUCCCACCGCCCGCUGAUCAUGGACACCCGCCAGAUCAUGAUCCUGAUGUGUACUUUGACCCAACGGCCACCGGAUUCGAUGAUGCCCUUAAUCGGCGGCACGAACGACUGGACGAAGUAGAACGUGAACUCAACCAGGUCAUCCAAAGCGCUCAUGAAGCUGAAGACCGUCGUGAAGCAGAGUUCCGAGACGGUGAAGAACACAGACAGCAAAUCUUCCUCCAGAGCGAACAACGUCGUGAUGAUGAGGCAAGACAGCGCGGUGAUGAACUAUUUGCUCAUUUACUAGAAGAGAGCGCGCGCAGUGUACCUUCUCUACCGGACCCCCCUCCUCCUGGAUCAGUGGAUAAUGAUUCCAUCAUCGAAUCAAUUUACGCAGAGGCAAUUUAUUGCCAAGACCAUGCCGAUGACAUUUUGGAGACAGUUCCACUUGAGCGCGAGCACUCUCCUCGCGAAAGGGAGUCUUUUUCAUCCGAGGAGCAGGAACGUGCUGAAUUUGCCGCCGAGCGCGCUCGCAUGUAUGAAGAGUGCGAACGAAGGGUUCAUGAACUGGAGGAAGAGCUUGUGCGCGUUCGUGGGGAGCUUGACAGCGAAAGGCAGCUGCGACAGACUGAGAACGAGGAACGGGCGGCUGCUAAUGGACUUGACGAAGGCAUGCGCGGGCAAAUUACUUAAUUACAUAGUUGGUUUCGGAACAAUGCUACCUCGGAGUGUACCAGGAAGAGGGAGCUUAUGGGGGAAGUAAAGCAGGGCGGCACAAUGUAGAAUGCAAUCUCGCAUAAUGUUAACCAGAU